GGCGGAUCUGAGGGCUGCUGUCAAUAACGGCGUCCGUAACCACUGUAAAUAAAACACAAAUACUGUCAUUUACACUGAUUUCACUUCGCUUACCACGAGAUCAAUAUUGAGGCUUCGGCUUCAGCAGCUUUGGAGCGCCAGUCAUGGCGUCUCUGUCCGAGGAGGUGUUGUUGGUGGUGAAGAGGGUACGUCAGAGGAAACAGGACGGGACACUGUACCUUAUGGCUGAGAGGAUCGCCUGGGGACCUGAGGGAAAAGACCGCUUCACUGUCAGCCACCUCUACGCCGACAUCCGCUGCCAGAAGAUCAGUCCUGACGGUAAAGCCAAGAUUCAGCUUCAGCUGGUUCUGCACACAGGAGAAAACACCACUUUUCACUUCGCCAAUGAGAGCACAGCGCUGAAGGAUAGAGAAGCCGCCAAAGAGCUUCUCCAGCAGCUCCUGCCCAAGUUCAAGAAGAAGGCCAAUAAAGAGCUGGAGGAGAAGAACAGGAUGUUGCAGGAAGACCCCGUCCUGUUCCAGCUCUAUAAGGACCUGGUGGUGAGUCAGGUGAUCAGCGCUGAGGAGUUCUGGGCCAAUCGGAUGAGCCUCAAUUCAGUGGAUCACUCGCCCUCCAGUAAUAACGUACAGGAAGUGGGCAUCUCUGCUGCCUUCCUGGCCGACAUCAGACCACAGACAGACGGCUGUAAUGGCCUGCGGUACAAUCUGACCUCUGACAUCAUCGAGUCGAUCUUCAGGACUUACCCUACAGUCAAGCAGAAAUACGCAGAGAACGUUCCUCACAACAUGACGGAGAAGGAGUUCUGGACACGUUUCUUUCAGUCUCAUUAUUUCCACAGAGAUCGCAUCAACACGGGCCAGCAGGACAUCUUCUCUGAGUGUGCCAAACAGGACGAGAAGGGCCUGAAGUCUAUGGUGACCCAGGGAGUGAAGAACCCAAUGGUGGAUCUGCUUGCACUCGAAGAUAAAACGUUAGAUGAGGGUUACGGCACAGCGGCGGCUCCCCCUGCGUCAAACACAGCCAACAAAACACUCAGAGAAAACAGCAACUCCGCCAUCAUCAAGCGCUUCAACCACCACAGUGCCAUGGUCCUGGCAGCCGGCCUGCGGAAAGCGGAAGCCCCCAGUGAUCAAGCCAGCGAGACGAGCAGCACGGAUGGAAACUCCAGAGAUUCAGAUUUCUUUCAGCCGCCACUUAAAAAGGUGAAAUUACAGGAAGCCAUAGAGUAUGAUGACCUGCAAAACGACUCGGGCCGAAAGACCAUCGCUCUGAACCUGAAGAAAUCAGACAGAUAUGCCCACGGGCCGGUCCCUCUUCAGUCGCAGCAUUACAGCACCAGUCAGGACAUCAUCAACUCCAUCAGCAUUAUCCAGCACGAGAUGAGGAGCUACAAACCCCAACUCACGCAGGUGAUGUCCAGCAGUGCGGCGAGCUCAGCCAUCAGCGCUCUUUCACCUGGAGGAGUUUUAAUGCAGAGCGCAGGCCAGCAGACCAUCCACCAGUUAGUGCCCGCUGAUGUUCAGAGCGAGCUGAAGCACUUAUACACGGCCGCCGGAGAGCUGCUCCGACACUUCUGGUCCUGUUUCCCCGUCAACACUCCCUUUCUGGAGGAGAAGGUGUUGAAAAUGAAAUCCAACCUGGAGAGGUUUCAGGUGACCAAGCUCCGCCCCUUUCAAGAGAAGAUCCAGCGACAGUAUUUGAGCACUAAUCUUACAGGCCACCUGGAGGAGAUGUUUCAGGCUGCAUACAGCAAAUUUCAAGCCUGGCAGACACGCCGAAUGAUGAGGAAAACCUGAAGAGACUGAGAAUAGAGAAAUUGCCUAAAAUGGAGAGAGGACUCUGGGUAAAUUUAAAGGAAACUAGAGAGGAACAAAAGCGCUCACCCAGCUCGGGCUAACCGAAGCCGGACUGGUGGAUUUUCCAGCCAAUCAGAGCUGGAGGUGCUAAUGAGCACAUCUGCCAUGGGGGAGGGGCUCAGAGAGAGCAAAUACUGUCAUCCUAUUGGUCCACGUGGAAGUGGGCGGAGCCAGUCACCAAUAACUGUAAUUAUUUUCUUCACUCUUUGUUCGUUCCGUUGACUUCUUCAGUGCAUAAUUUAGCAUUUUUUUUAACAGCCUUGUGUUCUUAUGACGACCAAACCGGGCUUUAAUAAUACCGGUGGAAAGAUUUCUCAGGAACUUCUAACGUUUAACGCAAAAGGAGCUUUUAAGUGGAUGACAAAUCGGAUAUUAAACCCUCCCGAAAUCUUGAGAUGCUGCUCAAGACACGCCAAGGGGAGAGAGUAUAGCAAUACUGUAAAAUAACAAUAAUAAUCAUCAUAAUCAUAAUAGUUUGUAUGUAGUGCAUUGACUGAUUGGUGUGCACCAACACACACUCGUGCGCACUGCUUUCUACCGUGUGUCCUCUAUAGCUGCACUGAGAUGUGGAUGUUCUUUCAAAUAAAGUCACCAUUUAAACUGUU